AUGCCCGCGUGGUAUAAUCCACAAGCUGUCUGUGCUUAUCAUUCUGGGGCCCCCGGACAUGCCACCUUUGAUUGCAAAGCGCUUAAGCAUAAAAUCCAAGAUAUGGUUGAAGCCGGGGAGAUUGUAAUCCGGAAAAGGGAGGCGCAAGGGCCGAACGUAAAUAGGAACCCUUUACCGGAACAUGCCAAUACCAUUGGGGUUAUUCUGGAUGAUACGGAGUAUGUGGAACCAGUCAAAGAAUUGGCAAGGGAAGCUGAAGUGUUUGGGGUCACAGACCAACCUUUUGUCAUAGAACUGCCAUUUGAAGAGGACGAGAAACCCUUUAUCUUGGAUCUCACGCCAGCUGAGAGUGAGUCUUUGGAGCCGGUGGUUAUUGAAUUCCCGAAGCAGGAGCCUGUCCUGAGCCUGCAACAAGUACCAUGGAAUUAUGAUGAACCUGACGUGCAGAUUGGGGAAAGGUCAAUUGCAAAGAAGGAAGUAUCAGUGGUCACAAGAUCGGGGAAAAUUGCAAGCCCGUUUGAAGCAACCAUUCCGAUUCAAGCAAAUAACUCUGAGCCACCCGCCAAACCAACAAUUACCGAGAGAGAAGCCUUAGAUUUCCUUAAAAGGCUCCAAAGAAGCGAAUACAAUGUGAUCGAGAAGCUUAGCAAGUCGCCCGCUCAAAUAUCCAUGUUGGAUCUACUUUUUUCAUCAGAUGUGCAUAGGGAUGCAUUGCUCGAAGUACUGACUAAAGCUCAAAUUCCUAGAGACAUUUCAGUUGAUAAUUUCUCACACGUAGUUGGGAAUGUACUCUUCACCAAGCAAAUUACUUUUUCCGACGAGGAAUUGCCGUCGGAAGGCAUUGGACAUAACAAGGCCCUGUACAUAGUUGUGAGGUGCAACGGAAAAAUGCUGCCGAAGGUAUUAAUUGACAAUGGAUCUGCUCUUAAUAUAUGUCCCUGGAGCACCUUGGAAAAGCUAGGAUUGCAAGACGUCAAGUUGAGGCCUUCAGGGACCAUAGUCCGAGGUUUUGAUGGAGCGCAAAGAGAGCCAAUAGGAGAAAUUGAUUUAGUAGUUGAAAUGGGGCCCGCCCAGUUUCAAAUAACCUGCCAAGUCAUGCAUUUUUCUAGUGUUUACAACGUUUUGCUUGGCAGGCCAUGGAUUCACAAGUCUGGGGCUGUGCCUUCUUCAUUGCAUCAAUUGCUAAAGUUUGUAGUGAAUGACAAGCUGAUCACUAUAUUUGCCGAAGAGGAUUGCCUUGUAAUCACUGAUUCUGGACAAAAGAGGAUGGAAGCCGCAAUGUCACCAUGA